GAGCGGGUCAUCCGAUUCGCCAGCACAGCAGUUGUCUGGCGGCAGAUCUCCUGUUCUCCCGUUUCGAAGUCAAUAUUUCCCUUGUUUCGGCUUCUUUCGAUUCCGUAUUUUCUUUUGCGUCUUGCUUUGCUGGCGAGUUCAUUUGCGACAAAAUUUCUCCCAAACACCCCAGGCUUCGGCCGCAUGUAGCCAUCCUACAUGUACGUGUCCCCGGUCGGCUUUGUUCGCCAUGCGUUGCGCGUGCUGUUCCCGCUCGCCCUAGCAUCGACCGUCUACCUCUACCUCUACCCCAUCUUCCUCGGCUGUGCGUUUCCCCUGCCGGCAGAUCAGACAGCCUCGGUGGCCUUCCGGUCGACGAUACGACAGCAUGCGAAUGGUGGCAGCCCGGCAGCAGAUGGCAUCGCACCGCUUAGGCUGCUCGCCCUAGGCGAUCCGCAGCUCGAGGGCGACACGUCCAUUCCAAAUGCGCAUCGCGAGUCGUCGUUUCCACACAUCAAGAGCAUGAUUGCGCAGUUUUCGGAACCCUGGUCGUUGAGGGAACGGUCAAAGCGGGCGACGCAUGAACUGGUAGAUUUCUACUUCGAGGAUAUACCCGAUACGCUCGAGUCGAUACGGAAGCGCAUAGAUCUGUUCGGAAAUGAUUUUUAUUUGGCACAUAUAUACAGGACCUUGCGGUGGUGGACUAAGCCCUCGCAUGUGACAGUGCUGGGCGAUCUGCUGGGUAGUCAAUGGAUUGACGACGAGGAAUUCGAGAAGCGCAGCUGGAGAUACUGGAAUCGCGCAUUUGCGGGCGGUGAGCGCGUGCCGGACGAAGUGGCUGCAUACCCUUCCGAACAGUACGAUCUCGCCGGCUACGUUGGACCAUUGGGUAAAGACGCGGCAUUAUGGGAGAAGAGAAUCAUCAACAUCGCGGGAAACCACGAUGUCGGCUAUGCGGGUGAUUUGACGGUGGAACGACUCGAGCGAUUCGAGCGCGUGUACGGCAAGGCAGCUUACGAGCUGCGCUUUGAGCUGCCCAUUACAAACGCGACAACGAACGCAACCUUGUUCGACGCUGAUCAAAACCCCGAGUCCGUACGGCUUGUGCCGGAGCUGCGCAUCGUCGUCAUCAACGACAUGAACCUUGAUACCCCGGCCUGCACCCCCGAGCUGCAGGACAAGACGUAUGCCUUCGUCAACGACCUCAUCAACACAGCCACGGCCGUCGAGUUCAAGGGUCACUUUACGCUUGCACUGACGCACAUCCCCCUCCACAAGCCCGAAGGCAUCUGCGUAGACGCGCCCUUCUUCGACUUCCACCCUUCCGACCAAGGCGGCGGCGUCAAAGAGCAGUUCAUGCUCUCAGCCGAUGCAUCCAAAGGCUUCCUCGAGGGCCUAUUCGGACUCAACGGCGAUUCCAACGCUCCUGGAAACGGCAUGGGUCGCCAUGGCGUCAUUCUCAACGGCCACGACCAUGAAGGCUGUGACACAUGGCACUAUAUCAACCAGACCGUUGACAUGCCUCCCGACCAGCGCAAAUGGGAGGUCAUGCGCUGGGGACAGGCUAAGAACGACAAGGUGCCGGGGAAACCGGGUCUGCCUGGGUUGAGGGAAAUUACGGUUCGCAGCAUGAUGGGCGGGUUUGGCGGCAACGCUGGCUUGUUUAGUGCCUGGUUUGACGAGGAGGAGUGGGAGUGGAGGUACGAGUACACCACUUGUGCGUUGGGCAAGCAGACAUGGUGGUGGGCGGUACAUAUCAUUGAUCUGAUCGCCAUCAUCGCGGUUCUCAUCUACGGCGGUCUGAAGGCGGCAUCUGCCGCGGGCGUGGAUGUCGAGAAGUGGCCAUCGUGCAUUGCUUCCAAGUUUUCCCGUGCUCCUGUGUUGUCAACGAGCAAUGGACAUGUUCCGGGGACUAAAUCGGACAUCAGGGUUGAAAAGAAGCCUGUUGUAUAUGUGGGCAAUGGAAACGCCAAGAGGGGAUAGGCUGGUUCUUGGGGUUUGGCUGGUUACUUGAUACAAAUGCAUGACCGGAGCAUGAAAAAUGGAACUAGACCUGGGAUUGUUUUGAGUCAUCAUUUGCAUGGAUACAUAAUCUUGAUAACUCAUUUUUCUCGAACUUAGGCCGGGGGAGAUAGGCUUGUUAAAGUGCAUGUUCGGCAUGGGUGUAUGGUCGUUGGUAUAGGACCCGGAGCAUCAAUGAUUAUCCCUAAAGCAUGGUCCAAUUUGGUCUCUUACCAUAAGCUACAAGUGCUACCCAAGUGUGACG